AUGAGUGCAUACUAUGGUGGUACUGGUAUUAGUACAUUUCCGAGUCAAAGUUCAGCAUACCGAAGUUAUUUAUUGCCCAACGACAAACUUUCACUUUCGCGACCCUCCAGAACAGUACCAUCACGAGUAAUACCAGCAAAAACCUAUAAGACACUAUACACUAGACGAGAUAGAGGUCAAACUGCUGAACCAUACUUCUUUGAUCCACGAAGAUAUAGGAGUGGUUCAGGUCCUUGGAAAGAUACUAGAAAUUGGCCAAUGUAUUGGAAAAAGCGAAAAUUCACUCAACCCAUACAAACAUAUCAAGAAUCAGAAUUCGGUGGUAAUCCAAUUGAUCGAAUACCUCAUAACUAUUUUGGAUAUUACACAACGCCAUCAGAUAUGCAACAUACAGUAAUGAGACGAGUUCGACCGUACUAUGCGCCAAGUUACAUUACUUAUCCUCCAAGUAUCAUGAAUCCAAAUAGAUCAAGCAAAGUUGUAGAUGAAAAAUAUCCAUUAAUUAUGAGAGUAAUUAUCAAAAUCAUUGAAUUGAUGCUGGGUGCGAGUACAACAGCAUUUGUACUUGCUCCGAUACGUGAUUUAUCUUUCUUUGAAUUCGUGAAAAUAACGCAAACUGAAUGGCAAGGUAUAGUGGUUGGUGUUGGGGUCACGUUUUCCGUAUUAUGCAUUAUUUUACUUACAACUGCUUCUCUUGCUCAACGAUCAUCACUUUGGCGAAGAUUUGAUGGUAUGAUAAGUCUAGGUGGUACUAUAUGUUACUUUUUGGCAGGAGGUAUUGAAGCAUAUUAUGCAGCAUGUUAUCCUCCUCGUGGUGCAAUAAUUGGAUUAGUAUGUUACAGGUUUGAAUGGAUUUUCGCAAGUGUAAGUUAUUCUGACUUAGUAUCAAAAUGA